ACAAUCAGCCGCAACGCGCAUGGCCGCGCCUAGUUAACCAAGAAACGAAAGCUGAGGGGUUUGGUUUGGCAACAUCCAGAGAUUAGGAUAGCUUUGAAGCUCAUCCGACGUCAUUUUGAUUUGGACUGUGCACGUUGCGAGGGGAGGCUACGGCAGCUUUUGUCCAUAAAUAUACCCAACCACCCCUCUUCUCCGUCGCCGCUUCACUGGAAAUAGUUCGCCGGAGAGAAAUUGGGCAUUUCAGACAUGGGCAGUGCUGCAAAAGCUAGAACAACGGUGGAGGUUGGAGCUGAUGGGGUCGCUCUCAUCACCAUUAUCAACCCUCCCGUCAAUUCCCUCGCUCUCGAUGUAUUACAGAGCUUCAAAGACAAUUAUGAGGAAGCCCUACGUAGAAACGAUGUGAAGGCUAUUGUUAUUACGGGUGCCAAUGGCAGGUUUUCUGGUGGUUUUGAUAUCUCAGCUUUUGGCUCACUCCAGGAGGGGAAGAUGGUGCAAGCAAAGCCUGGUUUUAUAUCGGUGGAGAUUGUUACCGAGACUCUAGAAGCUGCAAGAAAACCUGCAGUUGCUGCAAUUGAUGGCAUUGCUUUAGGUGGAGGACUGGAAGUUGCAAUGGCUUGUCAUGCUCGGAUUUCUACUUCUAGUGCCCAAUUAGGUCUUCCCGAACUUCAGCUUGGAGUAAUUCCUGGAUUUGGAGGGACGCAACGGCUUCCACGCCUUGUUGGCCUCACCAAGGCCCUUGAAAUGAUGCUGAUGUCAAAACCAAUUAAGGGGGAGGAUGCUCUUAGUUCAGGCCUUGUGGAUGCUGUAGUUUCACCAGAUGACUUGGUCCGAACCGCUCGUCAGUGGGCCUUGGAUAUUUUGGAUUGCAGAAGACCAUGGGUUCGUAGUCUUUAUAAGACUGACAAGUUAGAACCUCUUGGCGAGGCUAGGGAAGUGCUUAAUUUCGCAAGAGCUCAGGCCCGAAAGCAAGCUCCCAAUCUCAAACACCCGUUAGUUUGCAUUGAUGUCAUUGAGGAGGGUAUAAUUUCUGGCCCUGUUGCUGGGCUUUUCAAGGAGGCUGAAGCUUUUCAAGAACUUUUGCACGCUGAGACCUGCAAAAGCUUGGUCCAUGUCUUCUUUGCUCAACGUGGAACUUCAAAGGUUCCUGGCAUCACUAACCUGGGUUUGGUGCCAAGACGAAUAAAUAAGGUUGCCAUUGUUGGUGGAGGUUUAAUGGGCUCUGGGAUAGCAACAGCAUUGAUUCUCUGUAACUAUCCUGUCAUCUUGAAAGAAGUAAAUGAGAAGUUCUUGCAAGCUGGAAUUGAUAGAGUCAGAGCCAAUUUGCAAAGCCGAUUAAAGAAAGGGAAAAUGACUAAAGAGAAGUUUGAAAAAACUCUCUCUCUUCUUAAGGGAGUCCUUGAUUAUGAAAGUUUUAGAGGUGUUGACAUGGUCAUAGAGGCUGUUAUUGAGAAUGUCUCUUUAAAGCAACAAAUAUUUGCUGAUCUUGAAAAAUAUUGCCCACCGCAUUGUGUACUUGCAAGCAACACUUCUACCAUUGACUUGAAUCUAAUUGGUGAGAGGACCAAGUCACAAGACCGGAUUGUUGGGGGCCAUUUCUUUAGUCCGGCUCAUGUUAUGCCGUUACUGGAAAUUGUUCGCACUCAGAAAACAUCUCCCCAAGUUAUUGUUGACUUACUAGACGUUGGGAAAAAGAUAAAGAAAACCCCAAUUGUAGUUGGGAAUUGCACAGGCUUUGCUGUAAACAGGAUGUUCUUUCCAUACACACAAGCUGGUCUUUUGCUUGUCGAGCACGGUGCAGACAUCUACCAGAUUGAUAAGGCAAUUAACAAAUUUGGAAUGCCUAUGGGUCCAUUCAGAUUGGUUGACCUUGUUGGUUUUGGUGUGGCAAUUGCAACUGGCGUGCAAUUUAUUGAGAAUUUUCCUGAGAGGACUUAUAAGUCGAUGCUAAUACCACUUCUGCAAGAGGACAAAAGAGCAGGUGAAGCUACUCGCAAAGGGUUCUACAUUUAUAAUGAUAAACGUAAAGCAAGCCCAGAUCCUGAAAUGAAGAAGUAUAUCGAGAAGGCAAGGAACAUUUCUGGCGUAAAAGUUGACCCUAAGCUAAUGAAGUUAUCAGAGAAGGACAUUGUGGAAAUGAUAUUCUUCCCUGUGGUGAAUGAGGCCUGCCGAGUUCUUGCUGAAGGGAUUGCAGUCAAAGCAGCAGACCUUGAUAUAGCUGCUGUUAUGGGCAUGGGUUUCCCGCCCUACAGGGGAGGGAUUAUUUUCUGGGCUGAUUCUCUAGGGUCUAAAUACAUUUACUCAAGACUGAAGGAAUGGUCGAAUGUGUUUGGAGGAUUCUUCAAGCCCUGCCCCUAUCUGGCUGAAAGAGCUGCCAGGGGUGCUCCUCUGAGUUUGGUGGAGCAAGUGAAAUCUAAGCUCUGAGACUUGAGUUGCUCCUCGUGUUAUCCUCUCAGAUAAACUCUCUUCCUAUAUAUCAUCUGUUUCCCCCCCUCAUCUUUCUUGCUCUGAUGGUGCAAGGGAAGGGUCAAGAGGAGCUAAAUAAUGCAUGGGAUGGAAAUUUGAGUCUAUCAAAGAGGGUUUGGCAUGCCAGAACUUCGAUGGUAACUCACCACCAUCAUAAUGUGAAGUCUAUUCUGCCAUUCUCAAGAAUCUGUAUGUGCACUUUUUAAAGCCCUUGUGAUUUUUUUUUUUUUAAAAUUACAAUAUGGAAAUGACCUUCAGAAUUGUGCAUGGUGUGCGAUCGACACAUGAAAUUAAAAUAAGAGUAACACAAAAGAAGCAUUUAGGAAGGUGAGGAUAUGUUUGUGCCUUUCAAUUAUAUCAAAAGAAAAAGAAAAUUAAAAGAGCAGAGUAAUUUGUACGAUUUGGUUAUGACAUUGUCUUUGAGUUUUAAUUCUCGGUUAUGAUAUAAGAAAAUGUUUGAUGA